UCUGACACCAUUAUAGAGAAGAGUUAAUUUAUUAUAUUGUCCGGUCAUGGCUGCUCUUGUACCUGGUACAUCAUCUCCGCCAGAGGCAUCAGACGAUAAUGAUCUCUUAUUUUGUCUACAAACACUUUUCCUUGAAUGCGUGCAUACGGCUUUAGCAAAUUAUGUCGAUCAGACUCUUGCAGCUGAAUCCUCUACAUUGGCUGGAGAAAAUAAUGAUAUCUAUAAUUUAUAUCGUCAAAAAGUAAUAACAGAGAGCCAAUAUAAUUUGUUGAGUGGCAAUGUAUCCACUUCUGAUUUGGACAUCACGCUUAUCAUUUGUCUCAUUACACACCUAACAUGUUUCCAGCCUAGAAAUAUAAUAAAAAGGUUAAGGAACAUUUUCCGAAAACAAAGUUAUACGACCUUCAAGGGAGAUAUUUGUAGACUGCAGGAUUUUUGGAAUGAAAUUUGGCAUCAAUCAAGCAUCGAACAAAAUGAAUUUACAAGGAUAUGGGAAGAAACCGAAGCGAUUCUUCUAAGGAUUAACGAAGUAUAUCCAAUCGCAAACUUCAAACAUAAGAUUACAGACAUUCGAAAUAGGUCUAAUAAAGGUUUCAAGCAAAGGCGACUUCGUCAAACAUUUUCGGACAGAUUAUUUCUGCUUGAUCCAAAUGAGGCUUACAUUUACAAUGAGGCUUUGAAGAAAGGGUCCGGGAAAGACAGAUUUGUAAGAAUUAAUGUCGUUGGUAACUAUGGACAAGGCAAAACUAGUCUGACGAGAAGGCUUUUGAAUCAGUCUUUAGAAGGCGUUGAAAGCACAGAUGGCAUUGAUGUUCAUGUGCGGAAAUGUAAAAUUAAAGAUAAAGAAUGGGUAAGCUCGCUAACGGAAUUCGAUGAAAACGACUGUCUAGAAAACUUAGUUGAAGGGACUAUUCGCAUGAAAACCAUUGAAAAUAAAACUGAUAAAUCUGAUCGUACAGAAAGUAAAAAACGACGAAAGGGCAUGCCCUCUGAAGGUUACACAGAAGAACCAGUAACGGGCGUGUUUUCAAGUAAAAAGUCAAUCGCAGAUGAUCCUCUAAGUACAAAAUCUGAAGCUUCUAAUGAUCCUCCUAGUACCGAAUCUGAAGCUUCUAAUAGUUCUCCUAGUACCGAAUCUGAAGCCUCUAAAUCAAGCUUCGCAACUGGUGAAAAUACAUGCACUGAAGCACACAUUCAAGCAAGUUUUAUAAGAAAAUAUUCAAGUCAAUUAAGAGACAAAAUGGAUAUGCCUUUGGAUGAAACAUUAACCGCAAAUAUUUGGGAUUUUGGUGGACAGUUCAUUUAUUACGCUACACACCAAAUAUUUCAUUCAAGGGACGCUAUUUAUCUUUUAGUGUUCAGUUUGGCGAAAGAUCUAAAUGAAGCUGUCAUAGAUACGGAAUUUCCCGACAGAAAGUGGUCAAUGGGGGACUGUCUAAAGUUCUGGCUUAAUUCCAUUCAUACACAUACAGGUUCAGAAGAAAAUGGUGUGACUUCGGAAAAUGUUUCAAAUACGACAAACAAGAUCAAAAAGGAAAUGCAGCGUUCAAUAAAUGCAACCCCCAUACGACCAAGCAACAAGGAUCAGCGCGAAAGAGCCCAGAAGGACCCGAAACAAAAACAGGACAGGGCCAAACCAAACGUAAUAUUAGUAGGUACAUUUAAAGACAAAUUUGAGGGUGAUUCAGAAAAGAAAUUUGAUGAAGUUUUGGAUUUGUUUGUGAAUGAUUUAGCAAGAAGUCACCUGUUGCCGGAACAAUAUGCCGUUUCUAACAUAAAUAUGUCAGAUGAUGAAGUCAGAAAAUUGAAGGGUAAGAUUUUUGAACUAGGAAGGAAUCAUGCAGAGAGGAACCAAGUUCCAUUGAAAUGGAUACCGCUCGAGAUAGCACUGUUGGCAGAAAAAAGUAAAAACAUCAUAACAUUUGACGAAGUCAAGGAUCUGAAUUUUAAAAAUGAAAAUCUUGUUGAAGAAGAAGAAUUGAAAACAUUUUUGAAAUAUCUCCACCUAAAGGGCUCUCUUAUCUUCUUUGACGAAGAAAACCUUGAAGGCUACAUUGUUGUAAACCCACAGUAUUUAGUUAACGCAUUCAGAUGCGUUAUUGGAUCGAGAUCAUGUAUAAAAGAUGCAAAAUUGCAUCCUCUAUGGAAUCGUAUGAAUGAAACUGCAAUUCUAGAAAAUGAGCUUCUAGAUGCUAUGUGGAAGAAAGUGGAAAAAGAUUUCGCCAAAAACAAAGAGGUUUUAUUGAUGUUCCUACAGAGACACAUGAUAUUAUCUAAACUUAAUAUUAUGGAUGAAGAAGGAAACAUGGACUACCAAGAGAAAUACAUGAUACCGAGCCUUUUGAAACACUCUUGUGAUCAACAGGAAUUAAAAAUGUUCACAGAUGGUAAGUGUACAACACUUGUAUCACUCGGUUUACGGAUAGAAAAUACUGCUUUGUUGACAAGUCUGUAUGAAAGAAUAACUGCAGGUAUUUUAGGAAAAUGGUCUCCAUUUGUGUUGAAUAAACGAGUAUUUGUAUUUCAAAACGUUGGCUAUUUUAGAUUAGAUUUGGAACAUGUUGGGAAGGUGGAAUUGAAGCCUGGAAAGGGCAUUCAGCUUACUGUUAUAAAUCAAUGUCCAGGUAUCAAAGUGGGUAGUAAAGUGUCUGAUUAUUUCAGAAGAUACGUCGAAAGCCUUAUUAAACAUGAUUUUCACAAACGUAAGCGUUCCAUGUACAAUAGCAGCCCUUAUACACAUUACCUGGCCUGUUGUGAUAGUUCACAUGACGGAAAUGAAAGUGAGAAUACGUACGAUAUUGAUGAAUUGAGGACCAAAGAAAGAGCUCCCUGUCCAGAUCUCAAAGCCCAUGCAAUUGAUUGCAAAUCAGCGAUUGAUGAAUGGUUCCUGCCCGGCAAAACUACAGAUCUGUACGCAAUUACAAACCGACGAGUAACCAAAAUGGAACUUGGAAUGUUUGCAGGGUGCAUUGGACAUAAUUGGAGACUUCUUGGAAUAGCUCUUGGUGUGCGACCCGUUGACCUAGAUCAUCUAGAAAUGGACUAUCGUUGCGAAGUUGCAACAUGCAUUUACAAGAUGCUCUGCAAGUGGGAACAGAUUAAACAAGACGAUGCCACAUUGUUACAAUUGAUUACCUGCAUAGAAGGCAAUCAAGCCAUAAAUGUAGACUGGGACAUGAUAAAAAAUAUCAUAGAAGGCAAUUAGCCUCAUCCCUAGAAUAAGUGUAUGAAAAAGAAAAUACUGAACAUUCGGAGACGGUAAAAUGCUAGUUGUCUUAACAUUUGUAUACAAUGAUUACGGAAGAUAUGUGGACAUUUACACAUGCGUAUCUCGUGAUUUUGCAGUCUAUAGGCUGUUAUAUUUGUAUAUUUCAGGAAAAGAUUUUACCACACAAUCAGCAUUGUUUUUAGCUCUUGCAACGUUCUUGUGGUUUGUUACAUAUAUACAUAUGUCUGACUAAAUAAAUCUAUAAGGAGAUGUUUAAUCUUUGAUACCGGAAAAUGAUUUGAUACCGGAACACGAAUAACUUUAAUUAAACGUUAAAAAUAAAAAAUUGACUUUUGAGUAAAGUAUGGAAUAUAUUUCACGAAGCAUGAUAAAAAUAUAUUUAUUUUAACGAGGCAGAGGUUCGCAUAAUAUGACUUAAUUCGAAUCGAUCAAUCAAUUCAGAAUCGAACCUACACCAAUUCAAUGUAUAAUUAAUAUUUCAGUAGGAGUUUCUUGCAUAUCAGACAGGAAUUUCCAUUGGUAACACCGUCGCUAGAAACAUUUGUUUUUCACUUCGUGUAAGACAUGUCAUUCCCCUGCGUCUUUUGUGAAUGCAUUGUGUUCUUAGAAUGACGCUAUUUGCCGCUCUAACUGGAGUUGUAAAUUCGUACGCUUCUGUAAGGAAAAGGUCCACAAGGAAACAUAAGUUUUCUUAAUUUCUUUCUUAAUUUCUUUCUUUGUAAUAUGCACGAAUAAGAACCUAAAACCGGCUAUUGACGAGGACGAGAAAAUCUAGCUCACGGUAAACUGUUUUCACCCUUAAACAAUUACUCUUGGGAUAGAUAUUACAGCCUGUGCCGUCUGCCAGUGUAAGUUUCUUAUUAUACAUGUAGUAUUAUAUGAUUUCGGAUAUUUACGCGUAUGUACUAGUUUUGUUUUGUAUCGAAGAUGUAUUGCUUGACAACCUGAAAUGUUUAACACUAAAUUUAUUGAUGUCUUUUUGUAUCAAUUAAUGUUAUUUGUAUCAUAUUUGAUAAUAACACUAAGCAGUUAGUGGAUAAUUUCAUGUUCACAAAUAAAAUGUUCAAAUUGUUACCUUGUCAAAAUUCUCUUGCUAUAUUACUUUGAAGCAAAUGCAUAAAUUAAUAUCACAUACAGUAGGUAUUCUCAAUGAUUAAUUCCUGCUAUUUGAUGAUAGGUGAGUGAUAGAAAGAGAAUAAAACACGACGCUAUCUCAUUUGUACGUGGAGGCGUUUGCCAAGUGUUUCGAAAUGCUUUUUUAUUGCAGAACAUUACAUUUUCCCUGGUCGUACCAAAUUUUAACCCAAUAUAAUUGUCAACAAUCUAUGAGCAUCUAGAUAUGACUUCUCUAUCGUUAUCCCUUUCCCUGCCGUCACGAAAGGUAACCCCCGGAAAAAUGUAAUUGUCAAUCUUUGGUAGAUAGUGCGAUAACUGGAGUGUAUGUAACUAAUAUGUUUAUUCCAGUUAGCACAAUGUAUAUUAACGCGAAAACCAUUUAUCCUCAAGGAAAUUUCAACAAAAAUUCAUUAUGGUCAUUAAACAAUGAUACAUCACUCAGAAUGAAUGUUUAUGUUCAUGCGUCGUACUGAGUGUUAUGUAUUUUCUGAUAAUUUUGAUUAGUAUGUAUUUACCGAAAAGUGAAUAGAAAACUCGGUGGCUUGUACAUUUGUUAAAUGGAAUAUUUGUAUGAUAUUUGCAAAUGAACUCCUAAUUGUUGUCAUUGAUUCCAUAUGUAUGAUAGUUGCCGAUAAUGUUAUGAAGUGGAUGAUUGACUGUCUUUGGAAACGUAUGGUGACUCUUAUUGUAUUGUAGAAAGUAUUAGUUGUUGUUUUUGUACGCUGUAGUAUACUUGAAGCUUGAUGGUAAUUUUAUAUUUAUACUGAUGAUAUUGUUUAGUCUAUGUUUUAACUGAUAAGGGUUUGUCAUACAUCCUAUAUAUUUUUUCGUUACAGUAUACAUAUAUACUGCCUUGUUUUUGGUUAUAUUCAUUUAUGACACUAUUUCAAAAUGCUUCAUUGAUGUUGUAAGAAUUUCUCCAUAAGAACACGUUUAGGAUAAUUCUAUAUAUGAAAUCAUUUUCUUUGUUUGAUUUUCAUAUUUAAAGAUUUAUUGAGGAUUAGUUGAUAAAUUGUUAUAAUAAUUAGGUUAUGUGUUGUUAUUGUUUUUUCUGUUUGUAAGAUUGUAAUAUAUUUCAUGUGUAUUUCACAGUCUAGCUACGAAUAAAAGUUUAAGAGCUUGUAUCCAUGGGUGAAAUAUAAUUUGAUCUUACAUACUAGAAAACAACAUCAAAUGUUCUACUUAUUUCAGUUUGGGGGCUUUUAAUUAUUUUUAUUAAUAUUUCCAUGCUUCAUACAUUACGUCAUCAUCAAGCAUCUCGUUAUCAAGCAUAUUUUAGUAACAUAAUUCUGAAAUUACAAGAAGUAUACUUAUCUGUGUCCAAAACCUAUUCGGGGAGCAUCACCCCGUUCAACCGGCUCUUGUUUAUUUAUUUUACGUCGUUUUCCAAAAAUUAUAUUUAAAAUUGAUUUUUACAUCAUUAUAGCUGCUUAGCACGAAAGUCAGAAGCGAGGCUUAUCAUAAAGUUUCUACAUUAUCCUGAUAGAUAACCUGUAAUGUACACUUAUUAAACCCCCGCACAACGAAGUUGUAAGGGGGUAUACUGGAAUCAGCUUGUCCUUGUAAGAUUCCUUUGAAUCACAAUCUUCAUAUUUGGUAUUUAGAUUGGUCAUAAUUAGCAGAUGAUUCCUAUUGAUUUUGAGGUUACAAGGUCCAAAUUCAAGGUCAGAGGGGCCUUGACUUAAAAAAGAUUGUCCGCCUAAUAACUUGAGAUUCUUUUUACCCACAGUCUUCAUAUUUCGAAUUUGGAUUGACCAUGAUCAGUAGAUAAUUCUUACUGAUUUUGAGGUCACAAGGUCAAAGGUCUAGGUCACAGGGGCCUGGACUUAAAAAAGCUUGUCCGUCCAAUAACUUAAAAUUCCUUUGACCCACUGUCUUCAUAUUUGGCAUGAAGUAUAUUCAUGAUUAGAAGAUGACAUCUAUUGAUUUUGUGGUCACUGGAUCAAAGGUCAAGGUCACAUGGGUCUUGACUUAAAAAGCUAGUCCACCCAAUAACUUAAGAUUCCUUUUACCCACAGUCUUUAUAUUUGUCAUGGAGGUUAGCUAUUAUUAAUAGAUGACCCCUAUUGAUUGUUGGGUCACUGGGUCCAAUGUCCAGGUUAAAGGGCUCGUCUUAAAAAACUUGUCCACUUUAAGAGUCCUUUGAUCCACAGUCUUCAUAUUUGACAUGAAGGGUAGUCAUGAUAAGUAUAUGACCCUAUUGAUCUUGUGGUCACUAGAUCAAAGGUCAAGGUCAUAGGGACCUUGACUUCAAAAGGUGUGUCCGCCUAAAAACUCAAGAAACUUUUGACCCACAGUCUGCAUAUUUGGUAUGAAGGUUGAUCAUGAACAUUAGGUCACUGGGUCAAAGUUCAACGUCACAGAGGCCUGGACAAAAAAGCUUUUCCGAUCAAUUGCUUAAGAAUGCUUUGUUUCCGGAAUUUUAUACUUCACAACAGCAGGUGUCAAGUGCUGUGUGGCAGCUGUAAAAAGUUGCCCCGUACUUCACUUCAGUGUUGUUAUAUUUUCUGGUCCUUCGGGAUCAUUGAUGCCAGCACCAUUAAUUCUUAUGUUAUUUUGUUGUGAUUAAUGCUUCCGAGGGAUCACUUUUUUUUCCAGAAUUUUGAGAAUUGAGUACCGCUCAAGCCGGUGCUAGGGGGCGUGAGGGAUGUUGCACUUAUUAAUUAUCUCUCAUGUACAGACUCAAUCCAACCGAGUCUGCAAUUCUUAUGUAAUUUUAUUUGGAUUAAUGCCUCCGAGGGAUCACUUUGUUUCUGGAAUCUUAUACUUCACAACAGCUGGUGUCAAGUGCUGUGUAGCAGCUGUAAAAUGUUGCCCCGUACUUCACUUCAGUGUUGUUAUAUUUUCUGGUCCUUCGGGAUCAUUGAUGCCGGCACCAUUAAGUGUUGAGAAUUGAGUACCGCUCAAGCCGGUGCUAGGGGGCGUGAGGGUUGUUGCACUUAUUCAUUAUCUCUCAUGUACAGACUCAAUCAAACCGAGUCUGCAAUUCUUAUGUAAUUUUGUUGGGAUUAAUGCCUCCGAGGGAUCACUUUGUUUCCGAAAUUUGGUCAACAGUCUUAAUAUUUGGUAUCGAGGUUGUUUAUAAAGGUCAACGGAAUUUUAACAAUAAUAAACUUAAAUGCUUAAAAUGCCUGUCUGCAGUGUAUUGAUUUUGACAUUUUCACAUUUGAUGCAUGCAGAUUACAUAACGAAGCAACGCACUGGCUUAGUAACCUCAGAUGUGACAGGCAGGUUGUCCUUGAGCUCUGAAAGGUCACUGUUGAUUCUGACAAGUGGUAUGCGGGGAUAUUCUUGCCAUGACAAUGGCAGUGCUAGUUAACUUUUGUAUACAUUGUUGUUUUGUUAUAAUUUCGAUACUCUCUGUAAAUAUCUAUGUGUACUUUGAAUGAUAUAUUAUGUUAGUUAUUUACCGAACAUAAAUAGUGUAUAAACCAAGAUUAGAACCAAAGUUUCAGUUUUAUUUAAAAUAUAACCCAGUUUUUUUAUUUACAAUUAUAAAACAUGAGACAGAUAUAACGAUGUAAUUCUCAUUGACACUUUCUGAUUCCAGCUGUAUGAGUUUUUUGCUGAUUUAUGACCCUUAAUACAACGGUGUGUUACCUGUAAAUGAUCUGGCGUUGCCUUUAUUAGCUUAUUAUUUAUAUAAUCACUGGCUUUUAAAAGAUGUUUUAUAUCCCUAUUCCAAAUAAUUUCUCAUGAAAGUAUAUUCUAUCCAUCAGUUUUGUUAAUGAAAAGAAGUAUUCGUUUUCACAAGAAAGGAAGAAAGGCACAACAUAAGAGCUUUUGGGAAAUUUAAAGUGCCCCAAAUGACAAGACUUCAUCUUAGUAAAUACUAAUAUAUGAUAUCAAGAAACAUAUAGGAAUUUCUAAUUACUUAGAUAUUGUGUUAGGAUUUGCAUUCAUCAAAAUUUUAAAAUGGGUAUAUAUAAAUCUUAUAGUAUCUAUGUGAUUAAACUAUUAACAAUGUUUUAAGAGUCAUCGGUCUUUAAACAACGAGUGGUUAUCAUUCCUUAACUAAUUCAUAUUUUAGAAGUAUCCGUUGUAAAUGUAGCUUUUUAAAAAUUAAAAGUAGUUGUAACUCUUGAAUAACUGUUUAAGGAGUUGUAAAUGUUAUAAUCAUAUACAAACAUAUUGUUCCUAUAAAAAGGAAAGAGAAACAGAAUAUUUAACGUUAAGUUGUGACUUUUGAAAUACUGUCUAGGAAAUUGUAAUGUUUGAAAUUUUGUUGAAGGCCUUGUGACUCUUUAAAAAAAACUUUCAACUUGUGACAGCUAGUUAUCACAACCCGUUGUGAUAAUUCAUAUAUAUAUCAUCUUUUUUCGAAGAUAAAUUUUAAUUAAGAUAGUUUUUGGACAAAACAGAAACAUUAAAUGUUUUAUACAUACGCUCGUACACUGUUUGGACGUAUUUUGGUAUGUGAUUGUCCCUCCGACUAUCUGUCCGUCCGUCUGACCGUAGACAAUAUUGGUUUCCACGGUAUAACGUUUGAAAGAUUAUAAUGAUUGUGUUUUUAAUUGGAAUAUAACUAUGUUAUAUCAACAACAUAGCAUGUUCUAUUUCCACUGCAAUCAAAUCAAUAGUAAGUGCCCCUUUAUUAUAAGAUAUUUUUAUCACAAACUUGGUUUCUGUUUGAUCAAUUUCUUGACAUACAAGUAUUUGUUUCCCGCAACAAUCAGUUUAUUUAUGAUAGAGUUAUGCCCCUUUUAAAGGCAAGUGUUCUGUAAAGAUUUUGAUUCCGCAAGGUGUUCAAUGAUUGUGUUUAUAUUUGGCAUAUAUGUUAUAUAAAAACAGGUUAAGGUUGAUAUAUUUGAUUCAAUCAACUUAUCAAUGAAAAUGCUAUACCCCUUUUAAAGCAAUCAAUGCAUUAUUGACAUAUAUGAAAUUGUAUCCCUUUUUAAAUAAAUUACGCACACAAGUAAGUGCAUUUACCUUCUAUUGCUAAGAUGCUCGUACCUGUAUAUUUUGUCUUUCACAUUUGUUUUGAAAAUCAUUAGUUGUGCUUUUUGAAAAAUAACAUCUAAAUCUAUUUUAAAUGUACAUUUUGUCUGUGAAUUUCUUUUUAAAGAUUUGCAAUCGGGCAUAUGUUGCUCCGCUUCAUGUGAGCUCUUGCUUAGAUUACGUUUAAGUUUGUGUUCUAAAUAAAGGACAUAUUUAAAUCCAAUUUAUUAUACUCACAUAUUUUUGCAGAAAAAAUGAUUUGUAACCGCUUUUUAAUUUUGUGCUUGUUACAAACAUUCUUAUACCAUUUUUCUCUUGUAUGCCUAUUGUACUUUAAAACUUUUACAGUUAUACAAUAAUUGUUAUUUAUAAAAUGCUUGUAAUUUUAUUAAUGAAAAUAAACUAUAGCUUUAUUGUAUUGAUGGAAAUAAAAGAACACAGGAUGUUCAUACCUCGUAUUCUGUGACGUUAUUUGACUGUUCUACUCUUAGGUUUUAAUGGUUUUUGUCAGGUGCAGAGUAUUUCCUAGUAUUUAAAAAAGAAGAAAAUAUAAAAUUGUUUUUUUUAUACAAGACAAAAGCAUCAUAACCACCUGUCAGUAUGUAACAUGUAUCCGCUAGUAUGCUCUAUUUAUAUUACAAUUGAUGAAGAAAUAAUAUAUUUACAAAUGUUUUGUCCUAAGAAUGAAGGAGAAAAUAUUAAAUAUGUUAUGUGUCAAAAUUUUAUAUACGUACCAUGUUUGGUAUGGCCUUCCUGAUAACAUUUUGCUUUACAUUAUAUAAUUUAUAAGACUGAAAUAUUGUACUUGUUUACACCAGAAUCUUAACAGUGUGUAUAUUAUUUUGCUAGAACUAGUUGCUUUUAGGGCUUCCAUGGUUGUGUGGUUAAAGUUAUUUUGUAUGAGAAGGCUAGUAAGAAUAGAAAGGCACUAUCUGACCUUUACAUGCAAUGCUGAUAUGGUUAAAACCUCCAUUUCCCACACACAAAAAAAAAACAAAUUAAAAGCAAUGAUGUAAAUUUCUGAUUUGUAAUAAACUACCAUAUAUGUAUUACAUAUAUUUUCCAUAUUUAAUAUCAACGUACUUUUUUGCAAUUCGUAAUAUAUUUGCUUUGUGAAAUUGUAUGUUUUACUCUUUGCUGUGUCAAUAAAAUAAUAAAGCUAUAUACCUAGAUAUGAAUCUACAUUU